CAGAGGGAGGAGGAGGAGGAGAAGCUUGAGGGCACUCACCCACUUGCCCCUGUGAUACCACUAUGACUUUACUAUUCUUCUUCUGGACUAUUGUCCUCAAUCUGCAGCUGGCUAUUGCCCAAAAUGUUCCUUGUGCACCAGGAAAAGCAUGUAGGGUGUGGGCUGAAGAAGGCGGACGUGCUUUGCUUCCUUGUCACCUGAGUCGUCGGAGGUUGAAGAGCAGCUCCAGGCAGCUGUACAAGGGAUUAGCUCUUCGCUGGGUGCAUCAUGGAGACAGCUCCCACAGGGAACGCCACUUGGUGCUCAUGGUGGAGCCAAGCGGUGUCAAGAAAAUGGCCCGUUCCACGAUGCACCGAGCAACCGUCUGGGACCCUGGCUUCAUCCGUGGGAAUUUUUCGCUCAGGAUUGAGCCACUGCGGAAAGAGGACGCAGGAACCUACGUGGCCGUGGUGAAAUUUGCCAAAGAGGUGUUGCACUGCCAGCUGCAGCUUGGCGUGGUGUCAGUGACGCCUGAUUCUCCUGGUCCCCUGAUUGAGUCUGAACCUAUCCAGUUAACCUGCAACUCCACACAUCCAGAAACCCCCCAAAAGAUACGCUGGUUCCAUGCAGGUCUUCUCAUCGCCAGCUCUGGUCGGUUCUAUUCCCUGAACCAGACUCUGAUUAUCUCCAGAUCAUUCAGGAGUGAUUCUGGGCCCUGGGUCUGUGAACUCACCUUUGCAGAUGGGGAGAGAAUUUAUGCCACGUACAACCUGAAAGUCAUAGGAUUUGCUGAGCCAGCCGUAUCUGUAGUCUAUGCUGCAGCAGGAUCUGAUGCCCAGCUGCCCUGCCUCCUGAACGACAAUCCCACGGACUAUGGCAUUUCUAGGGUGGCAGUUCAUUGGAGCUACACAGCAAGGAGAGAACCAAGGGCAAUAUCCACCCAAAGUAACGGAAGCAACAGAAAUUUUAUCCUCCAUCUUCCUGCAGUGGGUCUUGAUGAUGCAGGCCGGUACACCUGUGAGAUCACCAUUCAAGGAACAAACAUCACGAAGAACAUCACACUGGCAGUAAUGACAGUCACCCCAAGCAUUGAGGGGAUCAUCAUGGAGGGAUCUCACCUGCAACUCACCUGCAAUCUCAGCUACUACACAGGAAAGGAGCAUUUUACGUGGAAGUACCUUGGUUUGAAUCCCACAAACAUGUCUUGGCCAGAGGCUGCCUCCAAGAGUUUUGGGCUCCUAAGCCAAGGCUCGACCCUGGAGUUUUCUCAGGUGUUGCCCAAUGAUACAGGUACCUGGGAAUGCAGUGUCUAUGGCCGAGAUGGGAUGUCAGGAUUGGUGCAGUACCACCUUGAAAUUGCAGGUGCCCGGAUUGCCCUUGUGCAGCCCAGAGCAGCAGAGAAGAUCACUGUGGGGCUGAUUGCCUUCUUUGUUAUUCUAGUCUGCAUCCUUGCUUUCACCUGCUUGAAACGAAGAACACGCUCCCGAAACUUCCCAGCAUUGGAUCUGAUGCUAGCUUCCGCUUUGCCGGGGAAAGAAGUAAAGGAUGAAGGCCAGGAGGAGAAGGGCCUGCAGAUUUAAUACCGACCAAAAAGAAGCAAGAAGGCUG